AUGGAAUGCCGCACAGUCAUUUCUGCCAGGGACUUCAGAAAGAACCACAACCAGCUCACGUCCUAUCAGUCCCGAGCAAAGCACAACGAGAGGCUUUGCACCGUGUACGGUAUCGAGAACUCUUUCACCACCGUCGAUCCAGCCUAUUCCAAUGAAUUUGCCAAUUUCGCCAGCGGACUUCUGCUUCUGCAGCCAAAUCAGUGGGAGGGCCUGACAGUUACCGUGAGCGACAACAUCAGGCGAUGGCUUGAUGAACCCGUACCAUCUAGCUCAUACAAGCUUUUCGUGCCUUUGAAUACCAUGGUGCAAUCGUUGACGUUGAAGUUCAUCUUCCUGACCCUUUACCAGGAUACGCUCGAUGCCAAAGACGCCGCCGUUAUCGAGCUGGCAGACGCAAUCAACUGCACCUGGGUCGCAGCCAAACGAGGAUGCAAUGUCCCUGCCUUCAAGGACAAUCACUACCUGCAGAAAGCUCUGGCCCCCAUAUUCCCUAACGUCGACCCAGCUGACGAAAGAGGCAACCCUUUAAACCGGAUCCUCCCGGGAUUCGAAACGAUCUGGCGCGUUGUCUUGCGGCUGGUGCUCGAAAUCGGCUUCCACCACGACACAAACAGUCUCCUCUGGAAGACGACCCUGAUCAAUUUCGCGCAGAAGCCAACCAGGACCCAGUUCAUGGCUGCAGGCAACAGCUUUCUCGUCUCCGCGGAGCAUCUCGUCAACGAAGCAUUGCGCCUCUAUCCACCCAAGCGACGGAUCUACCGGUCGUUCCAGGAGGACGACUCCAGCGAGACAACUACAUACGGCGCCGAUGUCGAGGGAUGUCAUCUGGAUACUAAGAUCUGGGGAUCUGAUGCCUUCGUCUUUAACCCGAUUCGGUGGAAAGGCUUGACGACGGCUCAGGAUGCGGCGUUUAUUCCAUUUGGCACCAGCCCGUUCUUGUGCCCGGCUCAGGCCUCGUUUGGACCAAGGGCUAUUGGAUUGCUAGCGGGCUUGAUCUUCCGUGAGCUCAAAAGCGAAUGGAUACUCAACCAGGGAAGUGAUGGUGUGAAAGUUCCGCUGCUCAAGGGAAGACUGAGCAAUGAGGGGAAUGCAUACAGUGAUCUGUUCUUGGUCAAGGAUAAGGACUAG